AUGCGGGGUGUGCCUGGUUCUGGUAAAUCGUAUACAGCGAGAAAGUUAAAAGAUCUUUCUUCCGACGCAAAAAUCUUCAGUACUGACGAUUAUUUCUAUGAUCGGGAUCAUCAGUACAAAUGGGAUGCAGCUCUUCUUGACGACUAUCAUAAAAAGAAUGUUGCCCGAGUUCGAGAUGCGAUAAAAAAUUGUACGAAGUUAGUUAUAGUUGACAAUACCAACAUCUCAGUAGAUGAUAUGCGACAAUAUGUGCAUCAUGCAGUUGUAAACUUUUAUGAAAUAUAUGUAGUAGAAGCAGAAAGUGAAUGGCGAAACAAGGCUUCCGUUUGUGCUAAGAAAAACAUCCAUGGAGUAACGAAGGAUAGGAUAGUUAUGAUGCUGGAUAAGAUGUCAACUGAAAGAGAUAUUACGCUACAAGUACUCGUGGGGAAAAACGUACAAAUAAAGCUGAACCUGGAUUAUAACUGCGGUGAAGGCGACUAUGACGAUAAAAUUGAGCUUUCUCACCCUCCAGAGUAUCCAAAACCGAUUAGCUUCGCACCUCCACCUGGGCUAACUAUUCCUGGAAUUUCCGCUGGAAUAAGUUUUGCAUCCACUCCUAAAAUGGAAAACAUACUGAGCUCUAUACCAAGUCCUGUCAUAACACUUUCACCGAAAGUGACGACACCUGAACCUGUAAAAAGUUUUCUUUCACUUUCUCUUCCUGUUGUUGAACCUACAAAACGAGAGGUCGUGCAGAGAACUGUUCAGACUCAGUUAAAAGAAGUUAUGAUACCUUUGGCGGAAGCUGGAGUUCUCUGUCAUACCACAGAGUUCGAAAUAAUCGAGGAAACGUCAAAAGUCUACGAGAGAUAUACUGAGGUGGAAUGUAAAGAUAGACCUGCUCCAGGGAAAAGCGAUGCGGAAGAGUUGGUGCCAACAGAUGAUAUGGAUCUACUUGUGUGUCUUUUUCCAUUUGAGGACCCAGAGGACUUGAAGCAUUACUAUGACAACGUGGGAUUGAAUAUGACGAUCGCUCUUUUCCAUGAAACAGGUAACACCUAUGCCAAUCACGAAGCUUUCGUUAUAAAGGGAGCAUAUCAACCUCAUGAAGAAGUUAGAGAGCAUAUGACGAAAUCGUAUCGAAUCGAGAGAGACGAGUUCGAGCAGCUUUCUGCCUCGGAUGACGUAAAAGUUCAAAUUAAGAUAUCUGAUCUGAAGACUAUUCUUAGUAUCCUUUUUGGAACGGGCGACGGAACAGAUAUUCCAGAGACUCUGACUGUAAAUAUUUCUGUACUGUUACAGCUCUACAAACAAUCCAAGGACAACUUAGUAGAAGAAUUCUCGAACCUAGAGUUGGACGAAAUGCUCGCCAGAAAGUUGGACGAAGAGAACGCUGCUCCCAUGUCUACGCAGAACCGGAUAACAAUGGCCCAGAGGAUCCAAUACUUGAAAUUGGUGCAAGAAUUUCCAAUGGUUGACAAUAUGGCAUUGUUCCAACUAUUUAUGGAUAAUGGUUACAAUUCUGAUUUCACGCGUACCAUUCUGACCGCUGAGUUUGAUCCGAAACCCCUUGUCGAUCUUCAACCUACGCAGCAGAAAACUUUGCAAAGAAAAGUGAUAACCAGAAGGGAUAGUCUAAGAACUGCUCAGCUGCGAGCCAAAGAUUUGUUCGAAAGGGCUAAUGAGCUGUAUGUGAGCGGGCAAGCACAGUUGAUAAAAGGACAGGCAGCUCCCAAGCAUGGUGGUACAUUCUAUCGAGCUGAGGGUUUCGAUUACUUGAAAGAAGUUAACCGUUUGCGUAAUGAAGCUAACUUAAUCCUCAAAGAAGCUAACUUGAGAUGCGAUGUGAUGGACUUCCAUAAAAUGACCGUUAGCUGCGCAUUGGAUACUUUAAAAGAAAAGUUGAGACAAUACGAUAGAACAAUAGUCGCUAGUGAUUUCAAAAGCAAAAAGAAGAUAACUGUUAUUACGGGUGCGGGUAAAACCGAAGGCAGCAAAGGUGCCAUUAAAGCCGAAGUUGUAAAAUAUUUGAAAAUGGAGAAAUACUAUUUCCACCAGGAAAAUGAAGGUCAACUAACGAUAUACUGUAAAUAG